AUGAGUCUGAAAGUUAAAUUUUACAGGAGUGUAGUGAGACCAACUAUGCUUUAUGGUUCGGCGAUUGACAGGAGAAUAGAACAGAGUACGAGUGUUGCGGAAAUGAGAAUGCUUAGAUGGAUGAGUGGGGAAACAAGAGAAGAUAGAAUGAGGAGAGAUUGUAUUGGUGUACUGUUGAUCGUGGACAAGAUGAGAGAAAAUAGACUGAGAAGGUUAGGGUGUGUGAUGAGGCAAGAGGAAACAAAAUCAAUAAGAGUGGUUAUGAAAAUCAACGUUAAAGGGAAAAAAUGGUUGAAAAUGAUAAUAAAGCAUGUUGGUGUGCAUAGGGGAUGUAGAAAAUUGAGACAUGUGGAAUUUUAG